UCUCCAACAGAAUAACAAACCAAGAUUUUAGUCAUGAGAAAUCUGCACUCGGCGCAAUGACACGCCUUAACUUUUCCUUUCUUGGUUCCAGAAAGAACCAUCCACCUCACACCUCUGAAUCUUGGUAAAAUCAGGGUCGCAGAAACAAGAAACAAGAAAGAGGGGCUUAUAGAGUACAUGGCAUCUCAUAUUCUAGAGAUCAUCUUAAUCUCUGCGCAAGGUUUGAAGUUGCCUUCUACUAGCAAACGAAUUCAGACAUAUGCCCUAGCCUGGGUUAACUCGUCCACCAAGCUCCGUACUCGAGUAGAUCGAGUUGGAGGUGAAAAUCCAACCUGGAAUGACAAGUUUCUCUUUAAAGUGACGCCAGAGUUUCUUUCCUCAGAAACUUCGGCAGUCUCAGUGGAGAUCUACUCCACCGGUUAUCUUCGCGAUCACAUCGUCGGCUCCGUCCGUGUUCUCGUUAGUAACAUCGUUCUCUCCAACAGCAUCAAGACUCCGUCCUUUACGGCCCUUCAGAUUCGCCGUCCUUCUGGAAGAGUUCAUGGAGUACUUAACAUUGGUGCAAUGCUGAUGGAAGGCUCUGCUUUCGCCGGAUUUAACGACUGCGAUGCGAUUGGGUAUCGUGAUUUGAUGGGAGAGAGUGAGAAAGGCAAGAGGCAAUGGCUGAGGAAAUCGAAAUCGAUGGCUGUUGACCUUAAUGCCGUUUGUAAUGGAACUGAGUCUUCGGAGUAUUCUUCUUGUGCUGAAUCUCCUUGUUCGGACGGUGGUGAUUCGACGACUUCUUCAUCGUCAACUGCAUCAACGGUGUUGAAGGAGUGGAAUGGAAGUGGAAUCCCAGGUUUGGCGCCAAAGCAACAUCGAAUGAGGUCAAUAUCGGCAGGUAUGUUGUGCGGGCUGUUGAUUAAUAGGAAGUAUUGUUCCAGUCCGUCUGAUCAGAACUUGGAUGGUUAAGUGUAGGUCCCACUAAGUGUCGACUCAAGAUAGAUUUCCUUGUGACGUAUUUGAUUCGUAAAUUUUAGAUUUUGUGACUACUAGUUAAUGCCGAUUAACGGUGAGGAUGUCAUAUCCCUCUCUUGACUCUUUUUUCUUGGUAUUAUAGUUCAUAACUUCUUGGCAUGAGUUCGGUGGGGUUCCAAUGGACA